AUGGCAGGAGUACAAACAAAACGUAUAUUAACUGAAAUAACAAAAUUACAAGGCCUAGCAGCAGAUAAUAAUGCAUCAUCUGUUCAAUUUCUUCUUGAUAAAACACCAACGGACAAUUCAGCAUCAAAUAUAAUUCUUGGAAGAAUUUUACCUAAAUCACAAAUUUAUAAUCAAGCUGCAUUUCAAAUAGAAAUAAAAUUACCAGCUGAAUAUCCAUUUAAACCACCUGAAGUUCGUUUUAUUACACCUAUUUAUCAUCCAAAUGUUGGCGAUGACGGUAAAAUAUGUAUUGAUAUGCUCAAUUCGGGAGAAAGUUUCAAACCAACAACAUCAUUAGUUGAUAUUGUUAAAGCUGUUGUUGAUCGUAUCGAUAAUCCAGAUCUCGAUCAUGCACUUAAACCAGAAACUGGUGCUGAAUAUUCACAAAAUAGAGCUGCAUUCGAUCGUAAAGCAUUAGAAUUGGUUAAAAAACAUGGUCUACCACGGCAUUAG